CUAAAAAAAGCGGCGGAGCGGGAAAAACGCAAACAGUCAAUCAUCAAAAACGAAAUUGACGUGAAGCGGGAAUCAGCUGAGGAAACACUUCAGCAAAUUCAGCCUAGCAAUGAUUUUAUAGCUCGAGAAGGAGCAGCAGCAACAGCAGCAGUGCGGGAAAAUGAUGUGCAACUACUUCGAGAACGUGAGAUAGUUAUGGGUAAACUUUCCCCAACUGGUUCAAGUCCCGUUCGACGAACAACUGAACCGGAUGCUGGUUCGAUUUCUUCUUUUCAACGAACUGUUAAUCCGAUUGGAUAUGUUCGGCCCGAGGCUGAAUCUACAAGUUCUGUUGAUCAGGGGACCAGUUAUUUUGCUGCUACUGCUGCUGCUGCUGCUGAGACGACUAAUCCGACCAGACAAGAUUUUAUUCAACAAACUGAACCAUUUGGGCAAGCAAUUGAUCCCAAUCAACAGCAGCAGCAGCAGGCCCUGUAUCAGGAUGAUUUUUUGGGACAAGCGAUGGACACAAGUUAUGAAUAUGAUGAGGAGCAACCGAUGGAUCCACAGGUUCCCACCGCGGCGCCGGGGGCCGCUCCAACGAGCUUUAUCCGCCAGACUGUUAAUCCAAACGGAUCUGUUCGACACGGCGGUGUAAAUGGUAUUAUUGUUGGAUGUAAUAACGUUAGACCGUUCAGAGGACGAAGCGAAGAUAUAGCUGAAGUUAGCGGCUGGGAUCAGCUUCAAGACGAUUUAGGUGCCCGUCAAUCUCAGAACACAGAUGGCUCAAAUAGCUGGAGCAACGAUCCGGCCGAGUCCAGGGGCUCACCGAGUCAAAAACGGCUCGUUGUUGACUCAACAGCAAAUGCUUCUGACCGAAAUAACAUUGAUUCGAGCGAUGAUUGGAUUCAAAGUGUUGUUGAACGAUUCCCAAAAGACAGUGGGGACGGGACAAAUCUCAGGAUCGCCAAGAAGUUGACUGCCAGGGAAUAUACGUUAGAGGAACUGAAGGAGUUGCGGACCGCGCAACGUCGAAGAAUCAUACAGUCAUAG